UGGCGGGCCAUUUUCACUAACGAUGGUGUUCGACCGCGUGUUUUUGAAUCUUUGCCGUUGACCACAUUGUUGUUGCGUCGUCGGUGCUGGUCACUUGCUGUUCGUUCGUUUAAUCUCUACUCUAAUACGCCAGUCUUUAUUAUCGUUAUUUCAGUUAAAUAAAAUUAAAUAAUUUUAUACGUUUUGUUUUCGACGUUUAAUAACGAUAUUGUUGACGGUGUUUAUUAGACUAUAUUUAUUGAAGUUCAGUACGUCUUAGAAAAAUAUAAUACAGUAAUUUUAUUUGUCGGAAUUUAAAUUUUCAUUAGUAUAUUAAAACAUUCAUUCAACGUUGUUGAGUUUUUAAUUUUUUUGUGCUAAAAUUCUGUAGUGACUUAGUGACAUUUAUACGCACAUUUUGGAUUAAAGCGACUUAAGGUGUUGUAAACGGAUUUUUUCUAUAACCAGUUGAUAUAAGAAAAAGCCGUCAAGACGAAUCUUAUGAAUACAAAUUGAUAACGUUGAACUGAAUAAUAAUGGAACUGAUGCAACCUAUGCCGCUGGAACUUGCUUUGAGAAUACCGACUAUACCAGAAACUUCCACGGCGACAGUAGCGCAAACUAUAAGCACAGCAGCUUCAACAGUAGUCACUGCAGUAGCCAAAGGUCAACGAAAUAAUAAUCCUCAUAGGGUCAUCAACGUUCAUGGUUUAAUGUACGACGAAGCAGUCAUCAACGAUGUGUGGAUAAACGCAAUUCUAUCCACUUUGGCACUAUCGUGUGCCGCUUGUGUUUGUCUAUGUUUUUUGUAUUGUAAAAUUCAACAGUGGAAACAUGAAGCUGAACAGAGGAGACGAGCAAAAAUUGGUUCAAAUUAUGAUGAUGAGUCUUUGCCUAGUUAUACCAUAGUAACCGGUCUGCCUUCUUAUGAUGAGGCAGUUGAGUGGAUGCGGAAGUCAAACUCAUCACCUUCCAAGUACAAUACCGCUUCCGGUUUGUUCAAGCAAACAGCUAUAUCAGUGGUUAAAUUGCAAGACGAAACGUCCGCUAUUACGAUUCCGGGUAAACCCAUGACUUAUCCAUCAUCGUCGCCAAUGCCGCCUCCCAUUUCAACAUUGUCAUCAUCAACGAUGCGUUUUAAACUACAUAGAUCUGAACAACAACAGACGCCACCAAUGCAACCGGUCACCAUUUCCGCUUCUGUAGCUUCUUCACCGCCACAUUUUGGACUUGUAUCACAUGGCUAUUACAUGCAACACCGAACUUGCAGUCAUUGUUUAUCUGUUCAGGAACUACUGGAGACCUAUAACGUUCGGUAGACAUCCCUUCAACGGGGAUCAUGACUAUUACUAUUUAUUAAUAUCGCGUUUUGUACAUUUUGUUUGUUAUUUACAUUAAUAUAAUAGUGCUUACUAAUUUAUAUAUGACUAAAUUUUUAAAGAUUUGUUUUGAGUCAGAUAAAACUUUUUUAAUAUAUUGUCUUGUAAAGUGUGUACAUGGAUAAAUUUUUAUUCAGUUU